GUCGCCUGGACGAUGCGUCCUCCGGCUAUGCGGCGGCAUCGCGCGCCGAUCCCAUCCGUGGCUCUCCUCGACGCGCACCCAUCUGCUGGCCUCCCCCGCCGCCUCCACGACGCGGCAGGAACGGGAAGCCUCCGAAACCAGGAUUAUGGUGACAUGACACUGCAGAUAUCAAAUUGUGGGUGCAUGCCAUUGACACCCUACCCAGGAGACCGAGCUGCGAAACGCGAGGUUGACGGCAAUGAGGAAGGAGUCCUCUUUACGCGUUCAUGUUUCAGGCUAACACGCGUUAGUCGUUGAUCCAUGGCAUUCACAUGUAUAGUUGCACGCUACACCUAUGAACAAGUCCAAUUAAUCAUACUGUUUUUUUAAUGCAACUACAUGUACAAAUUCCAUACACCACUUGUUAUAUAUAGUUGGCUUACCGUCAAUAUCACCUGGUCCAAAACUCUUGUUCUUAUUCUUCAAAUUGAUGUGCACUGGGACUGACCUUGAAUCAGUCUGUAGACUCUAUUGGUUCAGUGAUCAUAACUAAAAAUUCAGUUAUCGAAAUCAUUUCGUCAUCUCCUCUGACUUAGGUGUUCUCCGGUCUAGUAGAUAGACACUGUAAGAUAUGAUAUGCUUUAUGUUCUAAUAACGAAUAAUUGACCAUUUCAGUUUACUGUUAAAAUGUACAAGUGGCUAGCAAGAUGCUUGGCUUUAUUAACCUCAACACGUUACUACUAAUAAAUGAGAUUCCCCUUGCCAGAAGUCAGAACUUGGAAUCUGAAUUGUUUUUUCUUAAUUCUCGCUUAGAUCGUGUCUCAGUUUGCUUCAUCUGAAUAAUUAAGGUUGUUGAGAAAUUUUGAUUAGGUAGAUGAAUUAAGCUUUGCAACUAGCUAGUACCAACCCCAUUGCUUUGUCCUCUUCCUCCGUCCAUUCCUCUGCAUUUCCAUUUCCAGCGAGCUCACAAACACAAACAAGAGAUCGUUGGAGUGUGGCGAUAUGGAAUAGAAAAGCUGAUCAAUGGCGCAUGUGGUGAGUGCUUCACUUGGUGCAUUGGGUCCCCUGCUGUUGAAGCUCACGGGUCUUCUCACCAGCGAAUAUGGCCGCCUCAAAGGGGUUCGCUCUGAGAUCAUGUCCCUCAGAUGUGAGCUAUCCAGCAUGCAUGCAGCGGCUAACAAGUACACGAUGCUAGAAGACCCCGACGUCCAGGUCAAGGCAUGGAUGUCGAUCGUCAGAGAGCUGGCUUAUGAUAUUGAGGAUUGCAUCGACAAGUUCAUUCACCGCCUUGGCAAUGGCGUAUGCCAUAGCGGUUUCAAGGAGUUCUUGCGCAAGACUGCCCAGCAAUUAAAUACGCUUGGAGAUCGGUAUGGAAUCGCCGAUGAAAUCGACGAACUGAAGGCUCGCAUCAAGCAAGUGAAAGAGCUUAAGAAUAGUUACAAGCUGGAUGAUACUCCUUGCAGCACCUCUAGCCAUACAACCGUGGAUCCCCGACUGCAUGCUCUUUUUGCUGAGGACGCACACCUUGUGGGUGUGGAUGGUCCAAGAGAUUUUCUUUCCAAGUGGAUGUUGGAAGAAGGAAACGGCACAACCAAACAUCAUCGCAGGGUGUUGUCUAUUGUUGGAUUUGGUGGAUUGGGAAAGACAACACUGGCAAAUAAGGUCUAUCAGAAUAUUCAAGGACAUUAUGAUUGUAGGGCUUUUGUAACAUUAUCGCAAAAGCCAGAUAAGCAGAAAAUAAUCAAGGAUGUAAUCUCUCAAGUGUCAUGCCGAGAUGGGUACACAAAAAAUACUGAUGAUUGGGACGAAAGGAAAUCCAUGGCACAGCUGAGAGGAAUGCUGCAAGAUAAGAGGUAUAUUGUCGUCAUUGAUGAUAUAUGGUCCGCAGCAGAAUGGGAUGCUAUCAAGUACGCAUUCCCAGAGAAUAGUUGUUCUAGCAGAAUCAUUGUUACUACACGCAUUGUUGACGUAGCAAGGUCAUGUUGUCUGGAUGGUGACAACUUUAUGUACGAAAUGAAAGCCCUAAGUGAUGUUCACUCUAGAAGACUGUUUUUCAAAAGAAUAUUUGGCUCGGAGGACUGCUGCCCUGAUGUGCUUAAAGAAGUUUCAAAUGAAAUACUGAAAAAAUGUGGAGGCAUGCCAUUGGCAAUUAUUAGUACAUCUGGUUUACUAGCAAACAAACCGGCUAUUAAAGAGGAGUGGGAGAAGGUCAAAAGGUCAAUUGGUUUUGCAUUGGAGAAAAACCAAAGUCUAGAGCGAGUGAGUAUCAUACUAUCCCUUAGCUACGAUGAUCUUCCACCUAAUCUGAAGACAUGUUUGUUGUAUUUAAGUGCAUUCCCUGAGGAUUGUGUCAUUGAGAGAGAGAGGCUAGUAUGGCGAUGGAUAGCAGAAGGCUUUAUCUCUGAAGAGCGUGGACAGAGCCAGCAAGAGGUCGCCGAGAACUACUUCUACGAGCUUAUCAACAAAAGCAUGCUCCAACCGGUAGACAUUGGUUGUGAUGGGAAGGCUCGUGCCUGCCGGGUCCAUGACAUGAUGCUUGAAAUUAUUAUUUCAAAAUCGUCUGAGGAUAAUUUCUUCACUGUGGUAGGCAUAGGUCAAACAAGUUUGGCAAAUCGCCACGGUACUAUUAGGCGACUAUCAGUCCAGCACAUUGACCAUGAACUUGCAUCUGCAUUGUCAUGUGUUGAUCUAAGCCAUGUGCGGUCUCUAACAGUAAAAACUUCAGAUUGCAUCAAACACUUGCCUUGUCUGCUUAAAUUUAAAGCUCUGCGUGUAGUGGAUUUUGCAGAUUGUGAGGGUUUGGAGGAGUACAUUAUUAACGGUAUGGAAAAAUUGUUCCAACUAAAGUACCUCAGAUUGAGGGGCAGGAGCCUAUCAAAGCUACCAUCAAGGAUUGUGUUGCCAGAUGGUCUAGAGACCCUAGAUCUUAGGGAUACAUCUGUGAACGAGUUGCCAGUUGGAAUUAUUAAGCUGAUGAAACUACGACAUGUACUCGUUGCAGGGGAAACAAAGAUACCGAAUGGCAUCGGGGGUAUGAGGAACUUACGAGUGAUCUCAGGCUUUAAUAUUACCAGGAGUCCAGCAGAUGCAGUGGAGGAUCUCGGAAACCUGGCAAGUUUGGAUGAACUCAAUGUAUGUCUUAAUCAUGUAGAAUCUGAUGAGUAUAAGAGGCAUGAGGUGAUGUUACUUUCUUCACUGAGCAAGCUUGUCAAUUGCAAACUCCGGUCUUUAGAGAUAAUCAGUGCCAAUGGUUCCCUUGAGUUCUUAUCUUCCUGGUCACAUCCACCAUCUGCCCUUCAAAUAUUUUCUAUGUCCAGUGACUACUAUUUCCCAGUUGUUCCAAAGUGGAUUGGACGAACACUCACCAGCCUAGUUUCCCUUGAAAUCAAUUUAACUGAUUUAACAGAAGAGGGUCUAUGCAUUCUUGGGGAGCUCCCAGCUUUACUUCGCCUGAAACUGUCGCUGAAAACAGGACCAAAAGAUAAGGUUACAGUCAAAGGCAUUGGUUUCCCAAGUCUGAAGGAGUUCUCCAUCUUUUGUACUGAUGGGGAAGGAGCAUAUGUUACUUUUGUGAAAGGAGCUAUGCCCAAGCUUGAGAUUCUUAAGCUGCCUUUCACUGUGUCCGUGGCAAAAAAACAUGGUUUCAGUUUAGGCAUUGAGCAUCUCCCAUGUCUCAAACAUGCAGCGGCAUGGCUAAACAAGGGUGCCACACGUUCCGAAAGCCAGGCUGAAGCUACUGCAUUCAUGAAGGAAGUAUCUGCCAGUCCCAACUUUUCCUCAGUUACUAUAUAUGGUUAAACUGCUGGGAAUUAAAAUAGCAAUCCAUGGGCGGAUGAAAUAUUCAUCGUCACCAGUUGCACUUUCAAUAUUUGGCAUGAAAAAUGAAAGCUGAAACAGGGUCGCCUCCAAAGAGAGUGGUCUCAGUUGCUACUUUCUAGUUUGAGGAAGUACAAUUGUUUGGUCUUUUCCCUUGCUUACUUUUGAGGACUGAAACUUUAGUUUGCAUCCAGGAUUGUGGAUUGUUUCUUUUGAACACCUGUAUUUCGUUUCGGUUGUUUACUUUCCUGUGAUUAAGACUGUUUGUAUCGAUUAUGGGAUAGUUUCUGCUGGAGUAUAUGCUCCCUGAUGGAUGUAAUGUUAACUAAGUGUCACCUGUUACGUACUGUACUGCUUAUACUUUUUUUUGUUUGAAAAACACAUCCCUUAAGUAAUCCUAUUGAGGGUACUGAUCCAGAUGUAUUUGUGGUGGACACUUGAACAA